GAAAGAAGCUCACCACGUCUUCCCCCGCGAAUCACCCACAACCGUCGCCAUGCCUGUCGCGCCAUCCCUCUACUCGGCCGCCGUCAAGCGGCCCUGGCUCAUGAGCCUGCUCAAGCCGCUCGCCAGCUGGUACACCAACGCCGCCGGCUACCGUCAGAUGGGUCUCAAGGCCGACGACCUGAUCGUUGAGGAGGACGAGAACGUCCUCAAGGCGCUCAGCCGCCUGUCGCCCAAGGAGAGCUACGACCGCAUCUACCGCAUCCGCCGCGCGACGCAGCUCAGCCUGCAACAAAAGAUCCUGCCCAAGCACGAGUGGACCAAGCCCGAGGAGGACGUGCCCUACCUGUCGCCCAUUCUCGAGCAGAUCUACGCCGAGAACGCGGAGAGGGAUGCUCUCGACACCAUGACCGUUCUCAAGAAGCACUAAAUGAGCGACCGAGGAAGAGGAAGAGUACGAUCCGGGACACGGGUGUCGUGGUUGGAUGGGGGACUGUACUUUAGCAAGGGGAGUCGCGCACCGUGAGGCACAUAGAGGUAGCGGGGCGGUGUAAAAAAGGGAGAGAAUCUUCAGCCGUUUUCUGACCCUGAGGAGACGAGCUGGCCUGUAUGUGUAUAGACCCUGGAUUGUCCGUCAAUCAGAACUCGCUCGUCCAAAAUGUUCUUUUGCUCUUUG